AUGGCGAUCAUUGGGCAAAAGGAGGAGUUGGGGGACCCGCGGGUAUCUAACAUCGCCCAGAAUGACACAAUGAAAUGGUAUCAAAAACCCAACCUGCGGUUUCUGUACCUGAUACUGGUGCCUUGCGGCCUCGGUGUCGAAUGGACUUCUGGUUUCGACUCAUCAAUGAUGAAUAGCUUACAGGCGGUGGCUUCCUGGGUUUCUUACUUCAACAAUCCUACCUCCGACAGGCUGGGUUUGCUCAAUGCCAUGUAUUCUUUGGGGGGGCUGAUGGCUGUCCCUUUUGUACCAACCGUGUCGCAGUAUCUUGGCCGCCGAUGGACCAUUGCAACGGCCUCACUUAUCAUGUUCCUUGGCGCUGGCCUACAAGCUGGGGCAUUGAACCAAGAUAUGUUCCUAGCCUCCCGAUGGGUCCUUGGAUUCGGCAUACCGUUCGCUAUUGUGAACGCCUCUUCUCUCAUCGGCGAGCUGUCCUACGAGAAGGAGCGGUCUACGAUGACUUCUCUUUUUAACGCAUCUUGGUUCAUCGGUGCGAUUGUGGCCGCAGGAACGACCUACGGGACAUUUCAGAUGAGUAGUACUUGGGCAUGGCGCCUGCCAUCGCUUCUCCAACUAGUACCAAGCAUGUGCCAGGUCUGCUUCUUACCCUUCUGUCCAGAGAGCCCCCGAUGGCUCGUGUCCAAGGACCGAAGUGACGAGGCAUUUGCUAUCUUAUCCAAGUACCACAGCGAGGGCGAGAACGGGGAGGAGUAUGUGCGACUCGAGUUCGCCCAGAUCCAGAGCACCCUCGCCCUCGAGAAGGAAACGGCCAAGGCUUUCGUGUGGGCAGACGUCAUACGCGACGCGCCAAUGAGGCGGCGUUUCCUGCUUGCGCUGAUCAUCGGGUUCUUUACCCAGUGGAGUGGCAACGGCCUGUUGUCUUUCUACAUGAAGGCAAUCCUGAACCUUGUCGGUAUAACAGACAAUCAGACGGUCCAGAAAAUCAUCCUGAGCAAGAGUUGCUGGGACUUGUUGACGGGCGUCCCGAUCGCUCUCGUCGCGCCACGCUUCAAACGUAGGAAGAUGUUUCUGACCUGUACUAUCGGUACAGCAUGCGUGUAUGUCGUAUGGACGAUUGCCUCGGCACGAUAUGCCAUUGAUAAGUCAGCAUCGGCGGGCAUCGCCGUUUUGGUUUUCAUCUUUUUCUACUCACCGUUUUAUAACAUUGGCUGGAACGCAUUGGCCUACACGUACCUGGUGGAGAUCUUUCCGUACAGCCAGCGAGCCAAAGGGAUAGCUUUUGAGCAACUCGCAGUCCGGACCGCCGUCUUCUUCAACACUUACGUCAACCCGAUCGCACUCGAUAAGAUCGGCUGGAAGUAUUACAUCGUGUAUUGCGUUUGGAUCCUCGUGGAGAUCACGACGGUUUAUCUACUGUUCCCAGAGACAAAGGGGAGGACUCUAGAAGAACUGACCUUCAUGUUUGAGGGCCAUGAGGCUCAGGACAAACAGAAACGCAACGUCGACAAGCAACUCGAACUCGAGCCAAUCGAGCCCACGGGUCACCGAGCUGCCAACGUAUAG